GUGACGCCGGCGCUCCGCGGGCGGCGGCUUUUCGGCUCCCGGCGGCCACCGUCGGCAGGGCUCCGCUACGGGAGGCGCUCGGGCUUGGGUCGGCGGCGCGGCGGGGACGGCCAGGGAGCCGGUAAGGGCCGCUGCCCGCCCCCUCCUCCUCCGCUCGGCUGCUCCGGCCCCGGCCAUCGCGCCCCUCCGCCCCGUCACCGGGGGCACGGGCCUGGGAGCCGCCCUCGGGCCGGGCCGUCCCAGCCCCGCCGGGGACGGGCCCCUCGCCCCGCUCUUCACCCCCCCCCCAAGCCAGGCCGGCUUUGCUGCCCUGCCCACCCCGGUGCUGCUGUGCCAGCUCCGUCCCCAGGUCCCGUGGCUCCGUCCCCACCCCUCUGCCCCGGAGCUCCCUUCCCCUUUGCUGGCGGGGGACAGCUUAUGGGCAGCGGGCGCCGGGGGAAGCCGGGCCGUUUGAGCUGGGCCUCCGGCGUAGCCGAGAGCCUGUUUUGUGACAGCCGGUGGCCGAGGUCAGUGCUUUCUUCCUAGAGCUUCCCUCCUUUUUGCUGUCGGGCAGCUAAACGCUACUGUGGAGAGCAAGAGCCUAGAAAAUGAAGCUAAAGGAAAUUGAGCGAACAGCUGUCCAGGCAUGGAGUCCAGCAAACAACCACCCCAUUUAUCUAGCAACAGGAACAUCUGCCCAACAACUGGAUGCAUCCUUCAGUACAAAUGCCACCUUGGAAAUAUUCGAGGUUGACUUCAGGGAUCCCUCCCUGGACAUGAAGCAGAAAGGAACACUUCCUGCCUCAAACAGGUUUCAUAAGCUGAUCUGGGGUAACUUUGGAAACGGGUCCCCGGAGUCCUCUGGAGUGAUCAUUGGUGGAGGGGAUAAUGGUGUACUGACAAUGUACAGCGUGCACCGCAUCUUGGCUUCAAAGAGUGAACCUGUAAUUGGGCAGACAGAGAAGCAUUCUGGUCCUGUUCGAGCUCUUGACUUCAACCCUUUCCAGAGUAACCUCUUGGCUUCUGGAGCCAAUGAUUCUGAAAUUUUCAUCUGGGACUUGAAUAACUUCAGUGUGCCUAUGACUCCAGGGGCUAAAUCACAGCCUCAUGAAGACAUCAGUGUGGUGUCCUGGAAUCGUCAGGUGCAGCAUAUCCUGUCCUCCGCUCACCCCAGCGGCAAGGCUGUGGUUUGGGACCUCAGGAAGAAUGAGCCUAUCAUCAAAGUCAGUGACCACAGCAACAGAAUGCAUUGCUCAGGAAUGGCCUGGCAUCCAGAAGUUGCAACCCAGCUAGUCCUUUCCUCUGAGGAUGACCGCUUGCCAGUGAUCCAAAUAUGGGACUUGCGUUUUGCUACCUCUCCUUUGAGCCAGCUGGAAAGGCACACAAGGGGAGUUCUUUCUGUCUCUUGGUGCCAGGCUGACCCUGAACUGCUGUUGAGUAGCGCCAAAGACAACCGGAUCUUGUGUUGGAACCCAAGUAUGGGGGAGGUGGUUUACGAGUUGCCCAUUCGGAGUCAGUGGUGCUUUGAUGUCCAGUGGUGUCCUAGGAAUCCUUCAGUCUUCUCUGCUGCCACUUUUGAUGGGUGGAUCAACAUUUAUUCUGUUAUGGGUGGGAACUUGGAAGCUCAGCAGAAGACACAGGCUGACAAGAUCUCUUCCUCCUUCAACAACCUGGAUCCCUUUGGCACAGGACAGAUCCUUCCUCCUCUACAAGUGCCAGAGCAAGUAGCUCAGACCACCUUGAUUCCACCAUUAAAAAAGCCACCCAAAUGGAUUCGCAGACCUGUGGGGGUUUCAUUUGCAUUUGGAGGAAAACUUAUUUCCUUUGGUCUUACCAAAGCUCCUGGACAGCAAAUGCAGCAGACUUACCCGCACCAGGUAUUCAUCAGUCAAGUCACUACUGAAACUGAAUUCCUGCUCCGAUCCAGAGAACUGCAGAUGGCCUUGCAGUCAGGGAACCUCCUUGAUUACUGCCAGGGCAAGAUCCAGACAGCCAAGUUGCCAUUUGAUGAGAAUCUUUGGAACUUCUUGAAGGUGAAUCUGGAGCAGGAGUCCAGGACUAAACUCCUCAAGCUGCUGGGCUACAGUAAAGAGGAUUUGCAAAAAAAGAUUGCCUCAUGUUUGAGUAAUGGGAUCCCAGAUAAACAGCCCCUUCCCGAGGCAGAUGAGACAAAUGCUGCACAGACAGAUCAGCUUUUGAUAAAUUCCAGUGAUGAUGUAGCUGCCGUUUCCUCCUCUUCAGCCUUUUUCGACAACCUCAUCCCACAGAAUAUGAGCACAAUGGAGAUUCCUGUCACAGAAGAUACAGAUGGACUCAUCAGCCAAGCCCUUUUGUUGGGGAAUUUUGAGAGUGCAGUGGAGCUGUGCAUGCGGGCAGAGCGCUUUGCUGAUGCCAUCAUCUUAGCUAUAGCUGGUGGGGAGAACCUCCUAAAGGAGACCCAGAAGCGCUACUUUGCCAAGCGUAAGACAAAACUCUCCCUGCUGCUUUCCUCCAUUGUGCAGCAGAACUGGCAAGAUAUUGUUUGCACCUGUGAUCUACAGAGCUGGAAGGAGGCACUGGCCAUCUUGUUAACAUACUCGAAGCAUGAGGACUAUACUCAGCUCUGUGACGUGCUGGGUGCCCGCCUAGAGUCAGAGGGAGAUGCAGCCCUGUCCAAUGAUGCCUGCCUCUGCUAUAUCUCAUCAGGCAAUGUGGAGAGGUUGGUGGAAUGCUGGGUGAAAAACCAUGAGACUUCGUCACCCCUUGCCCUGCAGGAUCUCAUAGAGAAGGUGAUGGUGCUGAGCAGGUCCAUUGAGAUGCUCCGAGGCACAGCAGGACCAGCACCAGGCCCUGUCUUGGCAGAACGAAUCACCCAAUAUGCCAGUCUCCUGGCAUCGCAAGGGUGCUUGGCAGCUGCAAUGAAUUACCUACCCAGUGGCUCUAAAGAGCUCCUGAUCGAACAGCUCCGAGACCGGCUUUUCCAUGCUCAAGGAGAGAAUGUGGGUGAUCAGCAGCCACCCCCUUUUCCCUACACUCGCGUCAAUGUAAGUGUCAUUAAACACACAUCUCCAGCGGCCAAGGGUGGUUCUACCCCUGAAGGAGCAGCCCACAAAACAGGUCCCAGACAUCCAGAGAAGCACAACUAUCAGUCAUCAUUUGCCCCUUCAGCACCUUCUCAGCCUUCAGUGCCUUCCCUCUUCAUGCCUCAGCCAGUGCCAGCGAUGUCUGUGACACCUCACCAUGUUACCCCUCCCCAGGCCAGCACGGGUCCACAAACAAGUGUCUAUUCCAGAGGGCCUCCCUACCCACAGUACAACCUGGGCUUGGUUCCAGCAACAGUUUCAGGGCCAGCUGUGUCACAGUCUCAGCCAUUUGGACCAGCAGGAGUCAGACCUGUUGGUCCUGCUCCCUUCCCCAGCCAGCCUUCUCUGCCAGGACAGUCCAUGCCCAUGACAUCUCCUGGUGUUCCACCACCCGGACCUGCCCUCUUCACUCCAGCCUCAGUCCCAUCAUCUCAGCUUCCUGCAGCUUGUCCUCUCCCUGUGGCAAGCCAAUCUCCUCUAGGUUUCUCAUCAGCACCUUUCAACUCUCCCAUGAACAUGGGUUACCCUCAGGGAGGUCCUGGAGCUCCAUCUACUAAGCCCCUGCCAGCAGCGAGCAUUCCUCCGCCUCCCACAGGUUUCUUCCCUUGGCUAGAUCCCCACAUGGAUCAUGCAGCUCAGGAAUCUUGGACUGAUCCCUCUGCUGUAAGAGGCCCUCAAAAGAAAAAGCUGCCUGACAAAUUUACUCCUCCAGCCCCCAUCACAGCUCCAGUAAUGAGCCUGCCUGCUGAGCCCCAGGGGAUCCAUCCUCAGCUGUCCAGGUUGCAAGAAUCUGGCCAGUCGCCCCCAGGAGCACCCAAGGAAGGCAGCCUGCAGUAUCACCAGCUACCUGUGGAGAGGGUUGAGAGGAAGGAGGUGCCACCUGAGCACCAGGCUCUGAAGACCACAUUUGAAGGGUUGGUGCAACGCUGCUCUGCUGUUGCCACUGAUCCAAAAACCCGAAGGAAGCUGGAGGAUGCAUUGCAGCGGCUGGAGUGUUUGUAUGAGAAGCUCCGUGAGCAGGCGCUCUCUCCAACCAUCCUCAUGGGUCUCCAUGAAAUUGCCCGCUGCAUUGAGGCUAGAAACUACCAACAGGGUCUCCUGGUUCACACCCAAGUGGUGAGCAGCAGCAGUUUCAGUGAGGUGUCUGGUUUCAUGCCCAUCUUGAAAGUCCUCAUGACCAUUGCCGGCAAGCUGAAUGUGUAAAGUGUGGAGCAGCUGGAACAGUGCACAAUGAGAACUGGUAGACUCCCUCACCUGUUGUUGUGCUGCAGGUUAUGGACUCUCCUUCUUACUCUGGAGAAGUAAGUCUGUGCCAGUGCCUGGAACUGUGCUGGGACAGCAUGGCUGGCCCCAUCCACUCUCCAGAAACCAACUGGGGCCUGGGACUCCUGGAGACUGUUCUUUCUCUCUCUUCUUUUUCACUAGUCUGAGGCUGCUUCCCAGCCCAGGGAUCUCAAUUUCAGGCUGUCCAGGUUACACAGAGAUCCUCCCUCUUCCCCGUUUCCCUGGCACAAAGGGGAAACUCCUUCCUGCCUAGGGUGACGUUGCUUGUUUGUUCUUUUUUUUAGGAGACAAACAGGGCUGGCACCUGCAGUGCCACCAGACAGAAGAGCCUCAGGCUCUAUUCCCUGCUGCAGUUUAAACUGCCUGAGUGAUAGCUGGGCUCCCUUGGGACUUAAGCUGGGGUGUCCCUGCUCUGUUGGGCUGCAGUGAGGAUCUCUCCUCUGGUUCCUCCUUUUUCUUCAUUCUUAUCCUUGACUCACCCUCUCACCCCUCUGCACCCAUGUCCUGCUACAAUUAGGGCUAACUGCCAGCUUGCUCUGGGCUAGCUGUGGUUCUCUCUCUUCUUCACCCAUCCCUCUCUUUUCAUAGUAGAGUCUCCUGUUUACCUUCUGUCUCCCCUCUCUUAUAUCUUUUCCCCCAUAAGCUGCAGGCUUGAGCCCUUUAUGUUUCAGGCCCAGGGCUGGAUCUCCCUUCUCUCUCCUGGGACUCUCCCAUUCAGGAAUGCUAGCAGGUUGGACUGCUCUAUGCACUCCUCCCCAGAGCUAGUCACAUCCUGGGUUUGGGCUGAAAGCUGCCCUCUCUGGCUCCUGGCCUUUUUCACUUCCUUUAUGUUAGCACAGCUGGCCUUUUGCCCACUGGUGUUAUCUAAAGGCUUCCCACAUUAGGCUUUUCAAACAGUCUAGGGGCUUUAAGAGCAUCAGGGAUUGUUCAGGUCCCAUAAAGAAUCCCCUCGAGCUACUCUGACCAGCCCAGACUUGAGCACGGGGAGACAGCUCACUGCUCCAAGUGUGGUGCAUUCAUUUUGCCUACAGUAGCAGAUAGAUACAAAGGUGGUUCUCAAAGGCCCCUUGGCACUAUGGUGGCAGAAAUACGCUGCAGGAGGUGAUGCUGUUAAGGAUGUGGCUGUGCUGAGUCUUUUCAUCACUGUGGCGUUUCCUCUGGGGUAAAAUAGAUGAAUGAAACAUAUCUGUCCUGCAGAAGAAGUCUGGCUGGGAAGGCAGAUAAGAUUUUAGGGCACAUCUCCGUGUAUGUGUGUGUGUAUCUUUCCCUUUCUUCCUCCCUCCUUGCCUUCCUUUCUCUCACCCUCUUUCAUGCUAACCAGGGAGCGUAAUCAUUGGGCCCUAGCUGGGAGCAAGGCUUCUUCCUGACAUUUGGCUACAGCCAGUCCGUGCUUCCUCUGCUUGCUGCUUGAGUGGUAAUGCCAUUGUGGGGCUGUGGUUCAGUGACUUACGCAAAUCAGCCUGCUCUGCCAGGAGACUUAGGAGGGAGAAAAAUCAGAGAAGCAAGGGAGAGGACACAUCUCAUUCUCUCCUUUCCAGGUCAAAGUGCCUCCUUGUUGCUGCUGUGUUGUUUCUAUUGCUGCGGUUUGAUGCACUGAGAGAUUACAGAACAGUGAAAUAAAAGCUGUGUUUUGUGAUACUGCUAGCGUG